UUGUUGUUCAGCCUGACGACCGUUGCCCAGUAUGCGUACAGAUCUGCCAGCAGUAUUCGCCUUGAGCGUCGCGUCAGCGAGUGCUUUUUCACUACCAUGGAAGCGGCAAGCAGGUUCUGAUAAUCCGUAUGUUCCGACAUCGACGUCUUGUCCAUCGUCAGCUUCCAUUCGAGUCGCAGACUCUCUCAAUCCGGAUGAAGAAAGCUACGCGCAGGAAAGAUUGUCCAGAGCAUCCGAGGAUCUUUCAUCAUGGCUGGGCAGGACCUUGGAUGGCUUCUCUUCGGACAGACUCCCAAAGCUUGCGCUGGCGCUGAGUGGUGGCGGAACCAAGGCUGGACUGACAACUGCUGGAGCAGUCUAUGGUCUGGAUGGCCGUGAAAGCAGUGAUUCUCCCGUGGCUGGCCUGCUGCAAGGCAUGACAUAUGUGUCGGCGCUGUCUGGAGGAUCUUUGACUUUGAGUGGGAUCAUGUCGAACAAUUUUGCUCAAGUGUCUACACUGCGGGACGAGCUGUUGGAGGAGAGCUAUCAGAACAUCUUCUCUGCGCCUCUCACGAAUGCUGACGCGAUCCGCGCCGACGUCGGAAACAAGACUGCAGCAGGAUAUCCUGCAUCACUCAUUGAUAUCUACGGAAAAGUCAUCUCGUACAACUUCAUCUCUGCGACAGGUGGCAAUGGCCUUCACUGGUCCAACGUCACCUCCCAGUCGAGCUUCCAGGAUCAUUCUGCUCCAUAUCCGAUCAUCACAAUCACCCAAGCGAAUGUAGCUGCUGGCAUGUGCUCUCCGAAUGAGACCAGUGCCAUCUGGGAGGUUGCGCCAUUGGAAUUUGGUUCAUGGGACAGCAACGUCGAUGCGUUCUACCCUACUCAAUACAUGGGUUCCGUGGCAGGUAACUCAAGCCAAUGCACCACUGGCUUUGACAACACUGGCUUCAUCACUGCCAUCUCGUCAAACAUCCUUGUCGACGAUACCUGCUCAACUGGCAACGAGAGCACCGACUCGCUCAGCUCUCUUGCGGGCACCGUCAACACUGCUUUCUCCGGCGUCUCUCUCGUCAACCCCUACGGCAUCGUCCCCAACCCCUUCUAUCAAAGCUCCGAAGCAGGUCCAAUUCGAGACCAACAAGACCUUUUCGGCACAGACGGCGGUGACAGCGGACAAGCCAUUCCCGUCUUCCCCUUCCUCCAGCCUGAGCGCAACAUCGAUGUCAUCGUCCUCGUCGAUGCCGCAACUCAACAGCCCGGCAACAUCACAAACGGCACAUGGCUCUACAACACCUACACUUCGGCGCAAGAGAAGAAUCUGACCAGAAUGCCGCAAGUGCCCACGCCCUCCGAAUUCGUCGCAGCAAACCUCUCAUCUCGCGCUCAAUUUUAUGGAUGCAAUGAUAAUAACACUGCAACGUUGAUCUACCUGCCCAACACCGAGCUAGGCGAAGCCCCUACAGGCUUCCAGCAAACGGCCGAGCAAGUCAACGCAACUUUCGAAGGAGGUGUCGCUAUGGUGACGCAAAGCCAGCAGAACUCUACCGAAGCGCAGGAGUGGGCUGCUUGUCUUGCUUGUGCUAUCGUGCACAAGAGUGUCGAAGCUGCGGACCUUCCUGAAGUGUGCACGGGAUGUCUGGAGAGGUAUUGCUGGCCAAGGAGCAACGAAACGGAGGGUGGCGGAAGUGGCGGUGAUGGCAUCGGGAAUGGAACAGAUUCUGGCUCGGGCUCGGGCUCUGGAUCAGGAUCUGAGAAUAGUGCUGCAGGAAUGAUGUCUGGGGCGAAUCAAUUUGCUUGGCUCUCUGUUGCAAUUACAGCUGGUUGGGCGGUGAUGAUGCUUUAGAGCAGAACAUGGACAGAUCUGAACAAGGCUUCCGAGUUACUUUGAAUCACUGCAGAUGUCUGAUUCUUUCUCCUUAUUCCUUUGAAUCUGACAACUUCAAGACUGGUGUGGCUUGAAUUUCGUGACAACAUUCUUCGCGCUGACCAGACCCCCAGCCACCUACCUCCCAAGUCAGACCUUUGUAGCUGCCGCGCUUAGAAUGU